AUGUCAACACCGAUAACAGAUAUUGAUGCAGACAUAAUUUUCAUCAUUGAUUCAUCAUCUGACGUCACGCCGGAAAAUUAUGUCCGUGAAAAGUCUUUGGUCAAAGACAUGGCCCGCUACCUUAAUGUUUCCACUGGAGGGUCACGUGCAGCUUUGAUAACUUAUGGAAAUAAACCUACCUUGGUUUUCAAAUUUGGCGAUUACGGUUCCUUGCCUUCCUUGGACAACGCUGUUGACAGAGCUCAAUUUGUUGGCGGUGGUAGAAGACUGGAUUUAGCCUUGGAAGACGCGGGCCUUCUGCUUUCUGAGGCGAGCCCUUUCAAGGCCAAGUGGGUGAUUUUGUUAACUUCAGGAGCACAUUCUACAGCCCCGGAUGUAAAAUCCAUGCUAGACGCUUCGAAGACUGUGAGAGACAAAAGCGAUAGAGUCUAUAUCGUUGCUAUUGGUAACAGAGUUAAUAUUAAGGAGCUCGAGGAAGCAGUUAUGGAUCCUAAUGACAUAUUUCCGGUUCUCUCGUUUCAAAGUCUUAGGCCGCAGACCAGGUUGAUCGCCUACACAGUAGUGAAACGACACGGUAAAUAGAUACCUUCUCUCUGUCAUAAUGUACUAAAGGGACACCCACAUGGAAGCAAUAACACUUUUACCAUACAAAGGGCACAAAAGUCUAUUAGUGCAGUUUUAAUCCUUAUUCUGUAAACCCGUUAAUAAGACUACGCCGUUAUAGUGGCCAUCGACCUCAAAGUCCCCAGUUGUUAUUAAUAUUCUUAACAAGUUUGCCAUGCUCGUGGGACCAGUUGAAUGCCGGAAAGUUAGAUGCAAUUAGAGGUUAAUUAUAAUACAAUAGAUUAAGUAUUGUUAAAUCACUUGGUCAUGUAUGGCUACCUGAUGCAAAUGUCUUUGGACUUACGUUUUGUCUUUGUGUACCGCUAAUUUCAGCCAUGUGACUUAUGGUAUCCUUACAACCAUUAAGAGGCAAAAAAGAAAGAUAGAGAGUAUCGUUAAAGAAAACUUGACAUCUAUUAUUUUGGCUCAUUCCCACUGAUUAUGUCUUUUUCUUCCAAGAUUCUUCCUCUAAACUUCGUGUGAUAGAAACCUUCCUCGGUGACAUCGUCUUCCUAGUGGACACAUCAUCUCAGAUGGGAACCUCAAGUUUUCAAAGCCAAAAGCAGUUCGUUAAAUUGGUGGCAAAAUCCCUUAACGUCGGCCCAGAAAGGUCUAGAGCAGCCAUUAUAACAUAUGGUAAUACUUCGACACAGCUAGAUGAUUCUGACUUGUUCUCAAGUUUACCUGAAUUUUACCGCGCAGUAGAUGGUUCUAGGUUCAUCGGAGGGCCACGAAGGAUGAACUACGCAGUUGAUGGUGCAGAAAAAUUAUUGAAAACUGCAAAUCGAAAUGUUUAUAAGUUAGUCGUGUUACUAACAGCUGGAAAACAGUUUUAUCAACAAGAUAUUAUUCUGCUAGAACAGUCAUUCAAGAAACUUCGAGAAACAGGAACCAAAACUUUCGUCGUCGCCAUUGGUAGUGAUUACGAUAACACUGAAUUACUUGCUGGUGUAGAAACAGCAGAAGACAUAUUUUCCGUAGUAUCCUUUGAUGGCCUGGCACGGCAA